CUUGCAUCCAAGUCUUUUCAAUAGCUAUUUUACCAUUUAAAACCGACAUAAUGGUUGCUAACUACAUAUAAAGGCAGAAUGUUUCUAUGCUCUUCUCAGAGUUCAUAUGGUGGCAGGCAGCGAGCGCCCACAACCUCGCUACCUUCUGAAGUUCAACCCUGAGACAAGCUGAAAUGGUAAACCAAGCCAAACCAUAUACGGAAGAUGACCAGCGAAUUAUCGACCAAUCUUCUCUAUUCCAAGAAAUUUCGUCACAGAGAUACAUUGACACGUUAUUAGAAAAGUUAUUAGAAAAGUCAGUUCAAAGCACAACACCCAAAAGUUAAGCCAACCUGUUUGACAGAGACAGAGAGCAUAGUUUAUAACCGAUUCAUCCCCAUGAGAUCUUCCAAUUCAACCAAAAUGGCCUCUCCAUCUUUCUUCUCCGUCUUCACUCUCUCCCUGAUUUGUUGCUUUUCCUUGAUUCUUGCUCAGCAGUCUUACCUCGGCCUGGGCACAGCAGACUGUUACAAUAAUAAUUAUACUACUGUUCUUGGUUACACCUGUAAUGGUGUAAACACCACCUGCCAAACUUACCUCAUCUUCAGAUCAGAAUCCCCAUAUAACAAUGUUUCUUCCAUCUCUGAUCUCUUGGCUUCUGACCCAUCUCAGCUCGCUCAAAUCAAUUCAGUAACUGAGACUGCUACUUUUGACACAAACAAGGAGGUGAUUGUUCCUGUCAACUGCUCUUGUUCAGGUAACUACUCUCAGACAAACACAUCUUAUGUUGUUCAAAAUGGAGACUAUCCCUUAUGGAUUGCAAACAACACUUUCCAAGGCCUCUCAACCUGUCAGGCUCUCCUAAACCAAAACCCUUCUGUAAGUGCAACAAAUCUAAAUCCUGGUACUUCAAUUACUGUUCCUCUCAGGUGUGCUUGUCCAACAAAGGCCCAAAGCGAUGCGGGUGUCAAGUAUCUAAUGAGUUACCUGGUCGCUUAUGGUGAUACUGUUUCAGCUAUAAGUGGGAGGUUUGGUGUCGAUACUGGAAGGACUCUUGAAGCUAAUGAGCUUUCUGAGCAAGACACCAUUAAUCCUUUUACUACCCUUCUAAUUCCUCUGCAAAAUCCACCUUCAAGCUCCCAAACCAUAGUGCCACCACCACCACCGCCACCACCACCUCCACCUCCAUCUGCUGUAUCUUCCCCCAGUGGAAGUUCAAAGAAGACAUGGGUGUAUGUUAUUGUUGGAGUUGCUGCAGGAGUUGUUCUUCUUUUGUUCUUUGGCUAUGUCAUUUUCGUAAAAUUCUUCAGAAAAACCAAGAAGAAAAAUGAUCAAAUUGCUGUCUCAGAGAGCUUUAAACCACUUGAAAAACCCCUCAAGGUGGAAGAACAUGAGUUCUUCGAGAGUAUAUCCAGCAUGGCACAAUCCGUCAAAGUUUACAAAUUUGAGGAACUACAAUCUGCAACUGACAAUUUCAGCCCAAGUUGUCUGAUUAAGGGAUCUGUUUAUCGUGGCACAAUUAAGGGGGAUUUGGCUGCCAUUAAGAAAAUGGAUGGAAAUGUGUCAAACGAAAUAGCUUUACUAAGCAAGAUCAACCAUUUUAAUGUUAUCCGCCUCUCUGGCAUUUGUUUUAAUGAUGGGCAUUGGUAUCUAGUUCAUGAGUAUGCUGUUAAUGGAUCCUUGAGUGAUUGGAUCUAUUACAACAACAAUGAUAGGAGAUUCUUGGUUUGGACGCAGAGAAUUCAGAUUGCUUUGGAUGUGGCCACAGGGCUUAACUAUCUCCAUAUCCAUGUCAGCCCUUCUUAUAUCCACAAGGAUAUGAAAAGUAAUAAUGUGCUUCUCGAUGGGGAUUUCAGGGCUAAGAUUGCUAACUUUGAUCAGGCAAGGUCAGCAGAGGGGCAGGAAGGUCAGUUUGCCUUGACGAGGCACAUCGUUGGGACAAAGGGUUACAUGGCUCCAGAGUAUCUGGAGAAUGGUUUGAUCUCCACAAAGCUCGAUGUCUAUGCGUUUGGGGUUCUCAUGCUGGAGAUAUUUACUGGGAAAGAAGUUGCCGCUCUAUAUGGAGGGAAAAGCAUACACUUAUCAGAGGUCUUGGCUGCUGUGCUUCAUGAGGAUGACGGAAAGGAGAAGUUGGGGGACUUCAUAGAUCCGUCUUUAGAUGGGAAUUAUCCUCCAGAACUUGCCAUUUUUAUGAUCAGAUUGAUAGAUAGCUGCUUAACGAAAGCUCCAGCAGGUCGCCCAGACAUGGAUGAGAUAGUGCAAUCCCUAUCAAGAAUCUUGGCCUCUUCAUAAGCCUGGGAAUCGUCUAAUAAUGGUGCAGGAUAACAAAAUUAUAGUGAAAGCUUUUGAUGGCAUUUACAGUAUGGUAGGGUCGGUUUGAUUUCAAAGUCUUAAUUUUGUAAUAUUUCGUGUAUUUCUUUCAAUUUUCCAUGGUAUGAUGCAUAAUUCAAUUCAGAUGCAAUUCAAUCUCUCUCUCUCUUCCUUGUUUUUGCUAGUUUCUCACAUAUAUUUGGGAGUCUAGAAUCGUGAAGGCCUGUCGUCUUAAAGUGCUAUGGAUUGUCUAGUAUGACAAUUGUUCUCUAGGUUUAUUGGUAAAAGAUGGUCUACCCCUUUAAAGAGUUUGCUAUUAAA